AAGGCACUGAUUUGAGACCCCACUAUUACACUCAAAGAAGAAGAGGAUCGUUUGGGAAAUGGCGGGUGUUUUGGAAGAAAAAGAACGUUUACGACUUGUUUAUGCUUCAUUGCAGGCUGCCUCUUGCCCCUUCGUGGAGGGCCUGAACCUACAGGAGGCAGACAGCAUGCUGCAGCUGCUGUGUACUCCCUCUCAUCACCGCACCGACAUACUGGCAUGGAUCUGCAGCAGUAUCAACCCAAAUUUUGCCACUUCCAAGGCGAUGUCAAUGAUAUCCAAAGAACCAGACGUUUUGACUAAAGAAAUGGCUGUGCUUGGGCAGGAGCUGAUGCUGUGCAAUGCAGGUGACCUGGACCUGAUCAGGGGCAAUGCGAGUCCUCGCCGGCAGCUUCAGUUCAUGGAGCAGCUUUUGAGUCUAGUCCCAGGCUGCAAGAAGUCUGCUGAGCACAGAAUGGAUGAAGAGAUGCUAGUUAACAAGAUCUUCGCUGCUGAGAAUCUGCCUUACCUCGCGCAAAUGCUCAAACCCACAUUCAACCCCUGGCCCGCACACCUCAAGGCUUUAUGCAAAGGAACCAAGUCAUGUUAUAAGCCAAGUAAAGAAGAGGAUGCUGAUGUUGCCACCCUUCUACAGUUGACUCAGUCAGCACUGAAACAACUAGAGUCAGAGUGUGAGUUCCUGAAUAAUGAAGCUCAGAGUCCUGGCAUAUUCUCUCCAAGUUCAUUGCGCGUGGCGGCGUGUGACCUCCAGCAGUUGAUGGCUACUUUCUGCCAUGUUUACGAAACUGACCUGAGAACUUACUGCGGCAGAGACCCCCCCAGCUUCAGCACAGAGACCGAUGUCUUCCGGAGAGUACACCAACUACUGCUGGCCUGUAACACGGAGUUGGAAAUGCUAAAUGAAGUAUCAGAAGCUUCUGCGUCCAUGAAUGAGGAAGUAAACAGGCUACAAACACAGCCUCGCUACUGGAGGAGAGGAGAGAAGCACACGUUGUCAGACCAACUGGAAGAAGUUAGCAGGCGAAGUAGAGAGUUUCUCUCUCUGCUUCAUUCCUGAUGGCGAGAAGUUCAAACCAUCAGGUGAAUGCUGAUUAACUGCUGAUCUGAGUAGAAUAAUGCAGUAACAAUGGAAGGAGAGUCUGACCCAUACUUGUGUUAUAAUAUUGAACACAAAAGUGACUGUUGUUUGAUUUCACAAAUGUUAACCAGUCAGAUCCACUGUUGCUCAGAUACAUUUCAGCAAAACUCACUCAUCUCUCUGUACCUGCGUCAUAGUGAAAAUUUGGAUGUUGCUUACUGUGUUUUUUUUUUUUUUUUUAAACUUUAAAUUCACUAUGUUUAAGAUGUUGGGCAAGUUUUGUCCUAUCACAUAAAUUCACAUAAUACUAGCAACAGUAUAUUCCAUGUAAUUAUGAGUAGAAUGGAUGUUUCAGUGGAUGGGUUUGUUAGGAUGAUAACUAUAUAAUCAGAAUUAAACAUUCAUCCUUUUCCACCCUAUUGUCCUUUGCAGAAGUCAGUAUAAAUGUGUAUAUAGUAUUACUAAAUAAAUAUAGAUACUAUAAAUUUCGAGUGUCAUUCCAACA